AUGUUUACAGAAGAUACAAGACAGCUACAAUUCAAAACAGAAAACAGAAGAAUUGAAACAAGAAAUAAAGUAUUAGCAUGGAAAUAUUACUUAAAUGUCUUCAAUGGAAUUUUCUUGGCUCUGGGUAUUAUGCUUUUGACAUUUGGCUUGUGGCUUUUAUUUGACAGAAACAAUUUAUUCAGUGUGUUGUUUUCUUCAGGUGAGAACCAACCAGUGUCAUGUAUUUCUUUUAUAUUACUUGGAGCUGGAGCUCUUAUUACUUUUACAUCAGCCAUGGGAUUCCUUGGAAGUGUUCAGGAAAUCAAAAGUCUACUAGUUACAUAUAUGUGUUUUCAAGUCAUGGUAUUUGUCACCCAGAUCACAAUACCAGUGCUGGUAUUUCUGAAGAAAGAAGUGGUCCAUCAUCAGUGGAACAACAGAAUUGAUGAAGUUAUUUCUGAAUAUGGGAAUAAGAGUCUGGUUGAGAAGGAACUCGAGUGGAACAUUCUGAAUGCUGUGCAGCACAAUAUGGAAUGCUGUGGAAGAUAUGAUGUCACACAGUGGGAAAAGAAUAAAAACAAGGAAAGUAGUACUCAGAUCCCAUGUUCAUGCACCAAGUCUAGUCUGAAGGAAUGGUUUUGCGAUGUCCCAAGGAAUUCAACAUACAGUAUGGGAUGUGAAGAAUAUUUAGACACAUGGUUUGAAAAUAAUGUUUUGACCUUAACUGGAAUUAAUAUCAGCCUGCUAAUUACACAGAUAUUUAUGAUCAAGCUAACCAUGCAGCUAUUAAGAAACAUCAGAAAGAAUAAUAUUUGGCCAGAUGAAUGAUGAAC